UUAGAUGUAGAACAUUCCAUUCGGCGGUGGAAACUGAGCAAGAUGGCGGACAAAGACAGACAUGAAGUUGAGAGACAAAAAUCCAAAGUUGAUCUCGGUUUACUAGAAGAGGACGACGAAUUCGAAGAGUUUCCGGCUGAGGACUGGCAGGGUCAGGAUGAGGAGGUAGAGGAAGUUCACGUUUGGGAGGAUAACUGGGAUGAUGACGACAUAGAAGAUGAUUUUGCCAAGCAGCUGAGACGACUUUUCCUUUGGUUCUGUGAAGCAGACGGCACGACUUUACUGAGAGGAUACUAAGGACAGACGGCCCCAAAAAAGGAUGGCGGACACUUUGGACAUCGAUCCCGAGCGAGGAAGCGGAAAACGAUCGACAACUUUGGGACGUUCUGCGCGUUCGUGCUGGCGUACGAAGCACAACUACAGAAGAUGAGAAGUAGUCCCCACAACAGCACAGGCAGCUCUGCGGGCAGCGACACCACGGAGAGCACCACCAGUGAGGUACAGGACCUGGAGGGCAGCUCCAGCUCCUCCCAUUCCUUCACGUCACCCGCGCACGGCUUUCCCGCGCCCGCCAGGUCCGUCAGCAAGACCAAGGGCCUGAGCAGCUCCGACAAGAAGAUCAAGAAGGAGAAGAAGAAGAGGAGAAAGCAGAUCUUAAGCCAACAGUCCUUAGAGACAGGUGUUGUGACAGAUGAUUCGCUGUUCGAACGUCCUGACCCCGCUGAACACAAAACAGCCAAGAGGAGAAAAAGGAUCUCCAACGAAGUUAUCGAGUCUGACGAUGACUGGAACCUGGUGACGUGCUUCUGUCAGAAGCCGUUUGCGGGACGUCCAAUGAUCGAGUGUACGGAAUGCACCAUCUGGAUCCACUUGUCAUGUGCGAAGAUAAGAAAGUCCAACGUCCCGGAAAUAUUCAUCUGCCAGAGGUGCCGCGAAGCCAGGCACCAGAUUCGGCGAUCCUCCAGGCAGAAGGAGGAGAAUUCCAGCCCCAGUGUCAGCCCCAGCCCCAGCCCCAGCCCUAGUCCCCACAUCUCCAGUAGUGACUCCGAGGACUUGUAAAAGCGACGUCCAAUCACAGAACUUUUGUGUUAAAAAUGGAUACUGUUCUGUUUGUAUCCAGCGUGGUGAUUUGACAGAAAGUUGAUGACGUUAACUGAUGGUUGGACUAAGUUUACAAUGUAGUCCCCUUACAAGUAAUGCUGGACACCCCAAUAUUUGGAGUGGAACAGUCCACUUUGGUUGAUUUCCAGCUGAUAUUGGUCAGGUACACUGAGAUGUAGGGGUGUUCAGGACUAGUUUACAGCUAUCAUGGGGAAAGGUCCACUGAUUUUUCCAUGCGUAUGGAUGUAUAUUGCAAGUUCUAUGAGAGAUCUAUUGUAAAUAUGACAUUGUUCCAGUUCAAAUGUUAAAUGUCCAACCUUCCCUCUUCUGUACAAAGAAAACUCUACUUUUUCCCCCUGUAAAUUCUAACGAAAGGUUCAUUUGUCAAGUAUUUCUUCACAGCAAAAAUGUUGGAAGUUGAAUCAUUGUUUUUCCUUUUUCUAUAUGUGGACUUACUUCAGUUCUGUAUGAUUGGUGAACAGCAAAAUGCAAUGACAAGAAGUCCAACUAAUAUGUUUCACAGUUUCAAAAGUUCUUUUGUCUAAAUUGA